AUUUUAAUUGCAUAAACUGCAGUAUACACCCGUGUGCCGACGAUAAGAUGGUUUGACCCAAAACCUUGCUCGGCCAAUACGUACGCUGAACACAGAGUGGCUGGACGGUGGGGUAGCCUCUGGUUUCUUACGCGAUAUUUGCAACAUUUGCUCUAUGUAUAUACCUUGUCGCUGUUUAAACUUUUUUCAGCAAAGGUAGGACGUCGGGAAAGCAGAAAACGUUCAAGUAAAACUGUCCGCUCACAUAUUUCGAAAGGUUUACCAUACGGGCUGUGCGGCGCUCUUGGGCUUGCAAGAACCAACUGCACCUUUUAUCCAGCAACUUCAUCUGGUUACGCUAAUGAACUCAAUCGACUGCACAGCUUGAAACUGAGUUUUGGGGGUUUUUGGUUUUUAACAAAUAGGUGAUUUUAAAGGUUUUCUUACAACUUGCCUAAAGUGAGUUAAUAGGAUAUUGUAAUGCUAACAGUGAAGGUGUAAUUACACUUGCAACAUGGCUGCUACUCGAACGGCAGAAGGAAAAGUUUAACACUGACGUGGGAGAAGUUUAACGUCAGUGCGACUUGGUACGCGAGUUGUUGUCCACAUAAUAAAGUCGUAAGCAGUCGCCCCGUAGUCCGGCAACAGUAUCCCCCCGGACUCUCAAACCAGUGGCUGAACCGAGAGAGAGACGCCUCCUCCUCCUCUUCGUCGUCCUCCUCCUCCUCCUCCGUAGUCACCGACGUUAGUCACUGCAGUGGACUUUGUGGGGAAACUGUGGUGUCCUCUCCAUCGCAGACUGUGGUGGCGUUAAAGGACUUAUCAUCUGGGAGCUGCUUGUGUUUCGAGCUAAGAUGCAUUUUUCCAUACCCGACACAGAGGUUCGUUCGGGAGAAAACGGUUCGACCUACGUGGCCUACAACAUCCAUGUCAAUGGUGUGCUGCACUGUCGGGUACGCUAUAGCCAACUUCUUGGCCUCCAUGAACAGAUAAAGAAAGAAUAUGGAAGCAAUGUGGUGCCUGCCUUCCCCCCAAAGAAGAUCUUCACACUGACCCCUGCUGAGGUCGAACAGAGGAGAGAACAGCUGGAGAAAUACAUGCAAGCUAUCCGUCAGGAUCCCUUGCUUGGAGCCAGCGAGUUGUUCAACAGUUUCUUAAGGAAGGCCCAACAGGAGACCCAGCAGAUCCCCACAGAAGAGGUUGCAAUAGACAUCUGCCUCUGUAAUGGCCAGAAGGUCACAGUCAACAUUCUCACAUCAUAUAAGACGGAAGAUGUGCUUGAUGUAAGUGCUGGACGUUUAAAGCGAGAGUAA